AAAGUGAUUAUUAGCUAAUCUGAGCCUGUGAUCUCAACACGAUUUCUCGUGGACCAAUCAGAUUGCAUUUAUAUAAAUGUAUAUAAAUUUACACUCGAUAAUUUUCAUCUACAAUACCCUAAAUAUAUUAUUAGCUAAUCUCAGCAAGUAAUCUCAGCACGAUUUCUGGACGUCGGCAUUCCCAAGAUGUCAAUUGCAUAUGUUAUGUGGUCACAUCCCAAUAUGUUUUGACGCCAAAUGAUGACUCAUAUUUAACGCGAGAGGAACUGAUCCACAGUGUUUGUUAAUAAUUCGGUUCCAUUAUCUAUGUAGUUCCAGAAAUGUUACAUGCUCUGAGAGAUCUUGAAUGAUCAAAGCUUUUCAUGAAACUAUUCAUCAUCUGUCGGUAUUGUUUGAAAUUAUUUUGGCACAGACAUUAUGGCAGAAACAUCCAGCUCAACUACAGAAGUUACACAUGUUGUCGAAGGGGAAAUUGCUGUUAAAACAGAAGGAGGCCAGGUAAUUAAUUCACUACUGUAUUCUUUGGGAUAUUGAGUAUAAGUCUAAUGUCGAGUAUGAGGGUGUAUAAGAGGGAAAAUACGUCAGUUAUUCAACAAUAACUUGUGUUCUCACAUACUGUGUAGAAGACCAUUUUUAGGGGAUUAUGUGGACGAGAUCACCUCGGCUAAAUGAGAUGACCUUUUAACUGCGGCUACCUCUAUCAGGCUGCCUACUUGUGAUUAGUAUUACAUGAACUGUGCUAGGCCAGCUGACAGGUAGGGCUGACGUAAUUGUGAGUAAGCCCAUUUGAACGAACCUCCACAAAAUUCACACCUAACUUUCUUUAAAACUAUGUUUAUAUGCUACAAGUUCGUAUGGUGCAAACUCUCAGAUGAAACCAGACAGAGUAUAUAAAAUGCGGUCUACCCACGUUCGGUUAGCACUAUUUUUCAUCCGGCAAACCGCCCUAUCGAUUUUCUAGGGUUGUUUCUUUCUGGAUUCUUUUACUAAUUUGGUUAGGGUUAGAGUUGUGGUUGAGGUUAGGGUUAGGGGUUACAGUAGGGAUAGGGUUUGGGUUAGUUACAUAGCCAUUUAACACCUAUUCAUCUUCCAAAAAUGACGUCAGGUCAGUUUGCUGGAUGGAAAAUAGUGCUAACCAUUCCUGUCGCCCAGCAGUUGGUCCGUAGACUAGGAUUAAAACUUUUCGUUUUAAACCCUCAAAUUAAAAUAUUUUUGGCUCAAAAUAGUAUCAAAAUGAAGAGAAAAAUGAAAGGAAUCCAUUGGUAUACGGCCGAAAAAGGCGAAGGCGACAAUUCCAAAGUUAUCAAGGAUCAAACGUACUGAAUUUUUCAUUAUUAAUUUUGAGCGAUUUGUCAAUACAAAAAGUCUUUCAAGGGCCAUCAAUCAUUAGAAUACGUACUGCUGUUUCUUAGAAAGGGAUGGUGGAAACGACGGAGUGCCGAGUACGGAGUCGGUCUGACUCCAGCCAACAUUCCAGUUGGUCCAAUGAAUACACAGACUAUGUAGCGCUAAGUCAGAUAUCUGGCUUCACGAAAGCAUGACGAUCGUAUUACAGCUUUUCGAUGCUGUUCCUGUGGGCUGUGGCAGUUUGAGUCUAUGGUGGAUUCAUUAACAGCAAUUGGCAGUUUGCAGUAACUAACAAUCGUUUGACAUUUGUCUCAUUUUAUAUUGUUUUCUUGUCAUUUUGCCGGAGUUGGGAAAACGUAACUCCGGCUCCGGCAUACAAAAUUCUGCUCCGGCUCCGGCGUCGGAAAAACCGCCGGAGCUCCGGCAGAACUCCGGCUCCGGCAACUCCGGCGCACAGCACUAGUACCCAGGCUCUUUCCUCAACGCUCCUCGCUGGAGGAAAGAUCUGGUCCAGAUCGACUGGUCACGUGUCUCAACAAAAAUUUUACAUAAGAGUGCGGGACUAAGUUUGUUUUACCGAUCUAAUUGUCGAUAUCAAUUGGUUUGGUAGAAAAUGCGCGUUGCGGAUAGAUAAUAAUAUAUAAUAAUAAUGAUUAAUCAUAAAUUUUAUGUCACUAAGACACUCCUGCGAGUACAGAAUAUUUGUUGCCCGCUCUAACUAGACAAAUAAAAGCGCGCCUUCACCGAACAUUUCCACGUUAAAAACACAAUAAUUUGAUCUUGAAAUGACUGAAAUACUACAGGUUUACACGCGUGACACCUAAGGAACUUCGUAGCCACCGAAUAAUGUACCAAACCGUUACUAGUGCAAAUCUUGAAGAACUUAGAUUACGUAAUUUCGAGCGUAGACAGAUUGCGUAAUUUUUUCUCACACAACGACUUUAAUUAACGUUUAAGGAAAAAGGCAAUGUGAUGUUCUUUUUUGCAGAUCUAUUCAUAUUAUAAAUAUCCGGUAUGUAUAUUAUAUUUUCUACGAGCGUCAUAUGCCCACGAAUUGUUAUUGGGCGCUCAAUUGAGCUCAAUAGGCCAACCGUAUCGAUAUAGCACAUACAGUUGCGAAAACUAUUAUAUUUUCUAAACACAUUUCAUUUAAAUAACACAUCAUAUAAUCCAAAUUAUAUAAUUAUAUAAAAUCAUGGGCGUACCGGAAGGAAAAAUUUAGGGGGGCGGAAAGAAACGUGCCCGACUUUUUCGGAUUUUGCCUGACUAAAAAUUUUUUCCAGAAUUUAUUUUGGCGACCCCGUCGCCAAAAAAAUUUCGGUCAGUGUACCAUUUUAGGGGUCAAAAAUUUUUUCCGGACAUACCAAAAUUUUCCGGAACCUAACAAAAAUUUUGGAAACAUCACAAAAUUGACCACAAAAUUUACAGAAUUUGUCUCAUUUCUUUUUUAAUGCACCAAAAUUGCCCGACUGUUCUGCGAAUAUUGCCCGACUGCCCAACAAACCGGUACGCCCAUGUAUAAAAUUAUCAGAAUUUUUGGAAACUGGCAUUAACAAGAUGACAUUGUGAAAACGAAAGAUUCAUAAUGUUGCCCUGAGACUGAGUACGUAAAUUAAUACAGCUUAUACAAAAGGAAAACUUGUGUUCAGAAAAUGUCAAUGAAGGCUAGAAUUACAAAUUUUCAAAAAAAAAUAAUCAAUUCGCAAUCCAAUCAGUAAAACUUUGUCCUGUCGAACACGUUUUAAAAACAGUUAUGUUUUUUAAAACAGUUAUAUUGUAGUAGUAUUCGGCGUAUAUUAUUUGGUUAGUAUAGGUAAUAUCAUGGUUUCUCGGGCAAUUUAGAAAAAAAUGCACAAGUGACUAAGUGAGUAUUUCAAAGCGAACAGCCACCCUGCGGUGUAUUGCCAAUUCUACCGCAAAUAAUGUAGCGUGAAUGGCAAAUGCGUUUUAGGACGUUCUAGUUGACUAUAGUAUUAGCGCAAACGAUAAGCUUGGAAAAUCACGAUUUUCGACAAAACGAACGCGCUAUUACAGGCCUGCAUGGCGUUGUUAUACGCAGACCGGACUCGAAUCGAAAAUAAUCCGGACUCGAGCAAAACCCGGACUCGUACUCGAGAAACCUGGACCCGGACUCGAAAAAAAUCCGGACUCAUCUUUCAAACAAUAUUUUACAAGUAUAGCAGUUCAAUAGGUAGGCUCAGAUUCCAGCCGUUGUGUUCUCGCCACUCGCCCACUUAACACAACGGCUGGAAUCUGAGCCUAUUCAAUAGGUAAACAAAGCGUUUGUUUACAUUUAUACGGACUUUACAGCAUCUUUAACAAUAGUUAACAUGAUAAACGAUGGUCUUUUAUAACAAUAAUCAGUAUACAUCUUUUAAUAUAUGGGGCUUCGGUGGCGAAGUGGGUUAGCGCAUUUGCGUUUCACCUCCAAGGCAAUCUCGUACCCAGAUCUCCAAGGUCGCAGGUUCAAAUCUCAGUGAGAACUUUCUCGGUGACGCGACUCGAACCCAGUCCUCAUGUGAAAAGAGUAAAAGUCAACGCUCUGCCGAAAGUCGUGGGUUUUCCCCGGGUACUCCGGCUUCCUCCCACAGGGAAAGUUGACAGGGUGGGUUGGGUAAAAAGGGCCCACAGUAAUUGGCAUAUGCUGUUGUGGUGACCCUGCCCAAGUUGGCAAAGCUAAAUAAAUAAAUAAAUGUCGAAAUUUAUUAGCUCAUGAUGCACACCUCGAUGCACACCGUUGCAAAUUAAAUGCGAAAUAGAGAAAGAAACAAAUGUUAGAUUUACGGAUAGAUAAUCACUAUUAGGUACCAACCAACGUUGCCUGCAAAUCAGGCAUCUUGUUAGACCCGUGACUGCAGCAAUUGUGCGGAUUGACAUAAAUUUGAUACUUAACAAAUAUAAAACAUUUUCCGUGUCGAUAUACAAUUUUAUCAACACGAGUGGAAAUUGGGAAAACUCGAAAUUGUGUCACUGAGCCUGAGGUGAAUAAUUGUUUUAGUAUUUUUACACAAGUCUUUUGUGUUAUUUGGUACUGAAUUUAUUUUAAUUUCGCUUAUUUCUUUAUCACUAAACUUCCACAAAACGGCUAGCCGCCAUUUUGUAACUUUCAGUUUUGUUAUAUUCACAUGUAAGUGAAUAUAACAGCUUAAUACGCCAAGGUUGUAGGAUUUAUUAUGUUCACUUGUGCAAAAAUACUAAAACUGCAUAUCAAUACGGAAAAAAUGUUUUAUAAUAUCGCACAUAGAAAUAUAAAGAAAUAAAUUUUCCGACGUUUCCGUGUUGACAUUGAGUUAUAUCAACACGGCUCUUAGCCAAUCAGCGUUCAGAAUUAACAAAUGCUAUAUUAUACUACGCUACUGGAAACAGGUCUAUUUUCUCAAUAUCAUUAAUAUAAUUGAUAAACACGAAUUGAACACCCACAAUUAUUCCUAAUCCAAAAUAGUAAAAAACACAUCACAAUGAUAGCAAUCUUAAGUUGUUCAAAGCAAAUAUAAAGGUGUUCACGGCACCCGCGGCCUAAUAACGCCAACAGUGAAACUCGUGUUGUGUUUGAUAUUGAGACUCCGAAAUCCGUUCAUCAAUCACCCAAAAUGGCUUACAUACAACCGCAUGGAGCUGCCAAUCAAGUUUGACAAUAAAUUAAGUUAUAUUGAGAAUCAACAUGCUACCCUGGUGGAUAAAUUGUUGGUUAUUCCUGUUUCUAGCUUUAUUAAUUUACAUUAAUAUAUAGGAAAGAGCCUGGGUAUGAGGUUGACUGUUUGUAUAUUGUAUGUACUGUACGUAUUUGUAUAUUUGUUUACAAUAAUUGCACCAAUAAUAAGUGGGUAUACCAUGAUAAUAUUAGCUAACAUUCAAUAGUGACAAGUAUAAUAGUACAAUAUUGUCAUUGUAUAGAUGGCCAAAGCCAAAGAUGUUGCUGAAGUGUUUCUACACAAGCGAUUUCCCGGAUGGAAGGACAACAAUACAACGUACCUGAUUCCUCCUGUCUUGCAAUCACAGCAAAGCCGUCACCAGAUUGGUAUCACGCAGUCUGUGCCCUUUGUUGAUCCAGGUGAUAGGGGUGAAGGGAUCAUCUACAAUCUCUUGAAGAGGCUUGGGGACGAUGGAAAAAUGGGUAUGUUUGUUGUUCAAGGUUUUAAGUUAAAAGAUAUAACGAAAUGGAACAAGAAAUACAAAAACUAUCUAGUACCUAAAUUAGUUGCAAGAACUGGGGAGUGCGAUUUCAUCAUUUUCCACCAUCAGCUUGGUAUAAUAUCGAUUGAAGUGAAAAAUUGCUCGAGCGUUUCACAACAAGCCAUAGAGGAAGUAGUACAGAAAGCAGAGGAUCAGCUUGACAUUAGUCAACAACUCAUCACGAAUUUUGCCAACUCAGAGGAAGGUACACCGUCAAAGUCCAAAUGCUGUUUUCCAUACAAGAAGGUUAUUGCUUUACCAUCCACCAAGAAAGCUAAUUUUAAAGUCCAACUUCGGGGACAUGACACAUUACUCCUAUUUGAAGACGACUCUCGAGACAUUUCUUCAUUUCGGGAAUGGUGGAAUAAAGCAAUCGAAAGCCCAGCCAUGAUUAAAAUGUCAGCAGAAACCGAAGCUUACGAGCGAGCGUUAUCAUAUAUUUUGAUGAUCCGGCAUAUGAGCCCUGUUACAGAUGUCGAAUAUAUAAAAGAAAUCCAGAAAUCGCUGGAUACAUACAAGUAUCAUGGUAAUGCAGCCUACCCCCAACUGAUAGAGAAUAUGUUCCCGUAUCUUUGGAAAUGGUGUUGGAAUGUCCUCAGUGAAAAAUAUAAAAAAUAUCCAGUUUCGGUAGAGGAAGAAGAAAAAGAUCCUGAUUUGAAGAAGAAAGCAGAAAAAGAAAAGGAAGCAGAAGAAAAGGAAGCAGAAGAAAAGUUACAGCAGUUACAGCAAUCUUUUAUGAAGAACAACAAACUGAGUGAAAAAGAUCUUCGAGGAAAUAAAGGAAAAAAGCUUCUUAACAAAUUGUUGGAAAACAGCAAGUAUAUUGAUGGAGAUAAAUAUUCGUUGAUAGACGAUGCAAUAUUUGCUCUAUUUGAAGAGUCUUAUUGCCUCUUCCACAAGCAUACUGUAGAUUACAUUAACAGGAUGCGAAAAGUGUGGUUGGAGAUCGAAGAGGAGGAUACCAACGAAGAAGUACUGAAGAAGUAUCCAUUCCUAAAGCUAGAAUCUCCUAAGGAUUUGAACAUGCUUGACCGACACCUCGCAACAUCACCUUUCAUAGAUGGAAACAAACCGAGUGCUAUUGACAAACAAGUCUUGGGAUCACUAACAUGUCGAAUGCGACUCAAACAUGCUUGCCAUCCAAUAGUUAUGACCUCAGAGCAACUGGUUGUUUUUGAAGGACCCAGCAAACAGUUGAUAAUUGGCCCGCCAGGGAGUGGUAAAACAGAGCUAUUGAGGUUCAAAGCCCUCGAACUGGAUAUUGAAAUGAAAAAAAGCAAGAGAGGGAAGAAGAUUAUGUACAUCCUUGCCAAUGGAUGUUCCGAUUAUCCCGAGAGAAAUUCUCUAUUCUUUUACCACAUUAAAAAGUUUUUCAAAAAGUCCCAUCUCGUUGAGGUUAUCUCUAUUGUAAUGAAGGACGAAUCACGUGAAGACACAGACCAUACGACAUCAGAGAUCAGGAAAAAGAUUCAAAGUGGCGAGUAUGAACACGCCUUUAUCGACGAGUACUGGAUUGGGUCCAGAACGACUGAGAACAAUAUAAUACAGGAGCUUGUUCGUGGAUUACCAGGUUAUGUAUGGAUUAGCUCUGUGUUCAACUACCAACCAGAAGCGAAGAAAGUGAAAGCUAAUACUCAGCCACUUUUAACAGCGCUUCAUGAAAAUGGUGGAGAAGUUCGUCAUAUCACCCAAGUCAUGAGAGCCACGAACAGUAUCACCGAGCUUGAAAGAGAUUACAGUAAAUUGUAUGCAGAUCGAUCUUACCCUUAUGGAACUGAACGGAUCCUUGGCCACUCUUACGAAGGGUUACCUGUGACAUGGGCUGUUGAAGAAAACGUGAGCGAGAUGUACGACAAAUGUGUGGAUAUUGUUUACAGAGCCAUAACUGAUGUCAUCCCCCCGGAUAUACUUAAAAGAGAUAACAUUACUCUAGACCCUGCAGAUAUCCUCAUUGUGGAUUUCGCUAUUCGGAUGGAUGAGUCACGUCAGCUGGAGCAGUCACUGAUGGAUCGCUUAACCAACCGUCAUGUUCCUGUUUGGACAUUUGGACAGAGCCCAGAGCAGAUCGUUGAGGACAAAACGAAGAAAGUGACCCUACUGCAGUCUGUCAAACGAAAGGCCUCUGAAUUCCUUGAUGGUAUUGAACGGCCAAUGGUCGUGGUUAUUCUGCCUUCUGGCAUGGUGCUGAAGACAGCAAAGCUGGCAGAUGAAGCAGAGAGGCUCAGGAAUUACGAUACUUAUAUUUCCUUCUUUCGUACGAUGGUAAAGUUGGUCGUGAUCUCAGAUAAGUGGACAAAUAAGGAGGAGUUUUUGAGUGAUGUCAAAGAUCAUAUGUAAUUUAUAAUACAUUUAUAAUACAGCUUUAGCUCUCAGUAUUAUAUGAGCUGUUUACGAAAAGAUAAAUUUGGCUAGCGCUUGUUUAUAACGUUGCUGCCCACUUCACGACUUUGGAGAACUUACACGCCAUGUUACCAUUGUUCCAGUUUACGGAAGAUCAUAUCUAAUUUAUAAAACAUUUGUAUGGCUUAUUGCCAAACUCAGUGACCGCCAAAUUUCUAUACACAUUUAGCUAAUAUUUAGUAAGGCGAAGUUCCCCAACAUAAUCUGAUACAUAAGUCAAGCAUGAAGUCUAACAAAGAAUUUUGAGGAACAGCGUAUGUCUUGCAGGACAGUCGACAAUAUAUAUAUUUGUCUUCUCUGUUGUUUAAAUAAAGUGUUGUAACUAUAAUCCAUCGAGUACCUUAAUUUAUUUUUUCUAGUGUCUACAUUAGGGCCAUUUAUACGAGCGAAAAUAAGCCGCGGCUUAAAUAAGUCGCGAACAACUCGUAUAAACAGUCAAUUUCCAAUAAGCCGCGGCUUAUUU